AGGUGUAUGGUAUAUGUUGUUUGUGUGCGCGCAAGUCUACGCUGUUAAUUUAACGUGUGAUUGAACUUAUCCGGCCAUGUUCUCAAGUUUUCUUAAUCAAGCGUUGGGCGGUGGGGGAGGUCAACAGCAAGGAUCUGGCGGUGGAGGGUCAAAUGAUUUAUUGGGAAAUGUGCUCGGCGGUCUUGCUGGGAGUCUACUUAGUGGCGGCGGCAGUGGCGGCGGUAAUCAAGGAUAUCCGCAAGGGAACUACGUUGUUCCCGGUCAAGGCGGUGGCGGCUAUCCGGGUUUUCCCGGUCAAGGCGGUGGCGGCUAUCCCGGUGUCCCCGGACAAGGCGGUGGUGGAUACCCGGGUGUCCCUGGUUUUGGAGGGGCUCCUAAUCCAGGAUAUGGAGGGGCAGUACUCGACGAUAUUGCAUCACUCGUUGGUGGAGGUGGUGGGCAACCUGGCCAGACUGGGCUGCAUUCCCAUCGAGCCGGUCUGAAUGUCAAGGGCCUAUUCGGAGAGUUCGUUGAGGGAGGCACGAGGGCUGUUCUCAAGGGGUUCACCCAUCAGCUAAAAGCUGGAAUUAAGGAUCAAGUUAAAAGCAUACUGUCUCAUCCUGACUUACAAGACUUCCGAGGGCGUUACCGCUUCCGGUCCACGCGGUCAUUGAAGAAAGACCAAAAUCCUAAUCGUACUUGUUUCAAGGAAUUAGAAGACCAAUUGGGCAAUGGACCCUUGCCUUGA